AUGGGCGCCUGGGCACUUACGCUCUUCUCCUGCGACUAUGACCUCGACCUGAUCAAAGAGCUUAGCUGUCUCACCGGUCUGCCUCACUUAGAGGCCGAAGCAGGCAAACUCGCAUCCACCGCAUCCACCGCCGCCCAACGCCAGGCCGACCAUGCCAGACUCCAAGAAAGCAUCAACCCAAACUCCAUCGCCACCCUACCUCUCCCUGCCCCAGUAUCAGCCAACGACAUCCACUACUCCGUCUACGCCAAACUCUGCUCCGACCCCGAAAAGAUCCGCCAACACCUCGACUCCGGCAUCCUCCACCAGCACAUGACCCGUCUCAGCCAGGAAGUCACCAACGCGAACUCGUACUGGCGCACAGAUCCCUACGGUCCAGGCUACCAGCUCGUCAUGCUAGGUUGCUGCGCCAUGACGCUCGGCGCUCACCUCGCCUCCGCCGAGAUGGACAUGAUGCGCGCCCACUACCGCACCGUACACUUCGUGCGUGACGCCGUCACGCAGAUUGAAACAGCGCUGGAUCCAGAUGAAGGCUACGUCAAUGGCAUUCCGUGGGACUUUUGCACCAAAGCCAUGUACGAGGGCUCCAAACACUCGGAAGAAGAUCAGCUGUUCCCGGGCGCGGGGAUGAUGAAUUGCUGGGCUCCAGAUCACGGUCGUAGUAGAGAUGAGAUGGCACAGUUCCGUGCUAUGGCUUUGAGUUUGGAGGGAUAUGAGCACUUCUUUGCCGCGGAUGCUUGUGGCGGAUGCGGGAAAGGCGAGAGCAGGAAUGGAGGAGGUCCGUUGCAGCUUUGCCAGCGAUGCAAGGCUGUGAGAUACUGCUGCAGAGGAUGUCAGAAGCGGCAGUGGAGGUUUCAUCGAAGGUAUUGCGGGAAUUGA